AAAAGCGGAAAGCGGGUUCACAAUUCGCACCAUGUCGCGACGUUGCACGGGGAGACGCGAGUGAAGCGCAAAGUCGCAAGCUUCGCCGAGAAACGAUCAUCAAGAAACGACGGAAAGAAAAAACGAGCGCGGGAGUGCGUGUGUUGAAUAUAGUGAGUGUGCUUGUGUGUGAGAGAGAGAAAGAGGGAGAGAGGGAGUCAGAAAAACAGAGACGGAGUUGUGGAAGAAGCAUAAAAAAGAAGAAAAACGAGCGAAAAUAUACGUUGCGUUCUCGCGUAAAAGCGUCCUACGUAAUCGUAAAAUCGCGUGGGCCUCUGUGAAGGUUUUUUUGUUCUAUUUUUUCGUUUUUUUUUACGCACGUUUGUCUCGAGUUUCCGAGAGCGGCGGAAUCGUUCGACCGGUGUCUCUUAUUCAUCGUACGCGCCGCAGGCAGAUUACAUCGUUCGGCGAUCUUUCGAGUUCUUAUUUCGUGCGUUUCAUUUUUGUAUUUUUCUUUUCGUUCGUUUUUCUCAAAAGCGCGCAAAAUGUCGGUGGACUCGCUAACCGAUUCUGAGCUUCGCACAAAACUCGCCGAAUACGGUUAUCCCGUUGGUCCGGUAACCCAAACCACCAGGAAAAUUCUUGCCAAGAAGCUAAAAAAUCUUAUGGAUUCACGGGGCGGCGCGGGAUCCAGACACUCACUCGCCGCCAGGUACAGCAGUGACGAAACUGACGAUGACACAGUCCUAAAUGCUAACAAAAAGAAAAAAACUGUAGCGACUAGUGCCCGGCGUCAAACAAUGGCAAAUCCAAUGCCACCAUCAUCACCAUCAUUGGCGAGCGCUACGGGAGCAGCAGUUGUGCCAAGAAGUCCCAACAAAAGGAAAACUCAAGCCUCCAGAAAUACAGAGAGCAAAGAGAUUGCAGAGUCUCAAGAUGAGACGCCAUCCAGCUCCUCGUCAACGAGAUCCAUAACAAAGAGCGUGACAAAGAAAAUCACGAGCAAAACUUACAAAACAAGCAGCGGCACUGACGGCCUAGAAACCGGUUCAGAUUCCGAUCUCAAUGACGACACUACCCAAAAUUAUUAUUCCAAUAAAUGGUACAACACAAAAAAUCAGGAUCGCAGCUCUGCCGAGGCUGAACAAAAGUCCACCGAAGUGGGGAACAAAAAUUUGGCCACCUCUAAAAGUAAAAAAUACCCUGCGGUGCCACCGUUCAAACCCGAUAUAUCACCCAUUCUUCCUGUCAGAGAGGAAACAACGUACAAGAAGAACGAUCUCGCAACCGAUAAUCUACUGGCCAAUUUUGAGACACCUUUCUUGUCCGAUUUUACGAGAAGAUUGAGCUCGAGAUCAAGCAUGAAUUUACCCUCGCCCAGCAGAUCAACUUUGAAAAGUUCCAUUUUGCGCCCUUCAGGCGUACCGGAAACAAAGGAUGGCGAUACGAACGGACAUUUUUCCACACUAAGGUCUACGUACUCUGUUCCAAGCACGAGUUCUCGCUUUGUGGGCCCGUCGAACGAUCGUCCUUGCGAUACCGUAAAUCGAUUCUUCAAACUGUCUGCGAAUGGCAAAGAGGAUGUACGAAACAAUCACAAUCUGAUAUCGAUGGUUUUGUUGAUCGUACUUGCAACAUUUUUCGGCGUUUUGGCCGUAAUGUAUCUUGGACUCGGAGGGAAAACCGACAAUUUUCCGGCACUUCCAACGGAUAGCAACGUUCCACUGUGUCUUAUGUCGGACCACGACAAACCUGGGGUUAAUUGCCUGCUGAAGGAAAAUCUAGAAAAUGUCAUACAACUGCUGCAAAAACUGAGACCGAUUUUGAUGAGAAAAGCCGUUAAUUCAGUCUGCGAAGACACUGGAGAAUUACCAUAUUUGACCGACAACGAAAUCAUUCAUUUGUUCAGAAAUGACAAAGCGACUAAAUUGGAGAUAACGAGUGACCUUCAUAACGCUCAAUUGCUCAUUUUUGGGAAUCCGAAAUGGGGUAUCUCACUCAUCGAGAUUGGGGACGAAAAUGGUCAUCCUUAUCAAGUUUUGGAUUCUAUGGAAAAAGUAUUUCAGAUCCGACUGGACAGUAAGCUCGGUAUGAUAAUAUCGAGUCCAGAUUUGCCGAUGAAGUGUUUGAUAAAGCAAAAACUAUUUAUGGUAUUCUCGACGAUACUCAUCAUCGUCAUCGGAAUUGCACUCUCUUUGGGUGGUCGAAAAAUCGUUCUUUGGUAUCUCCAGUACAAAAAAAGCGCGGAAAGAGAAAUUUUUCGGCUAGUGAGCAAAAUUAUAAGUAUGGUCGAGAUGCAUCAUCAGAAUGCGUGCACCUCGAGCCCUGGUGGUACGCAAGAAAGUUAUCUCGCAAUUAAUCACGUUCGUGAUAAUCUCAUACCACCAAAAGAUCGCAAAAAAAUGGCUGCAUUGUGGGAAAAAGCUGUCAAAUUUCUUGAUGAGAACGAGUCACGAAUACGACGCGAAGUGCAGCAAGUCGCUGGUGAAGAAUUUCACGUCUGGCGAUGGUUACCCAACAACACUAUGAACACAUCGAAUUCCCAAAGUUCCAUGGCAAGUAAAAAAUCGAAAGUAUGGCAAGGUCAAGCGUUCGAGAUGAUCGAGGGUUCGGUAAAUAGUCUCACUUGGUCUCCAACACCGUGUCUCAAAAUUCGUCACAUGUUCGAUCCAGAUGUUGAAUUUGAGGAGAAUUGGGAAACCAAAGUACAGGACGCGAUUCUUGAAAAAUGCGGCGAAGCUGUUAAAAUUUUACAUAUCCGAGUGGAUCGUGGCAGUCGCGAAGGGUGCGUCUAUAUGAAGUGCCUUUCUCAAGAGGACGCUGGAAAGGCUUGUCGAUCUCUUCAUGGCUGCUGGUUUGAUGGUAAAUUGGUGACCGUGAAAUAUUUGCGAUUGCAAAGAUAUCACGAACGUUUCCCGGACGCAGCACGUUGUACAACUCCCGUGAAGCCGAGCAACAACGAACGACUCUCUAUGCAAGCGCAGCCUAGGCUAACGUCUCUCGAAGCGAAUUAACGACUCGUGAAUCGAUCAGGUUUUUACUGACAGGGACUAAAGAAAAAAUGCGAUAAAACGUUCAAAAAAGAAAAGCUUGCAAAGAUAAAAACGAAUUUUUAAUAAUAAUAAUAAUAAUAUGAGAGGAAACCGCCCACAAGUCUCGACGAUACAGAAUAAAAACGAUGCGUACGAAAAGAGAGUGAAAUUCACAGAUGAACUACGAGACGCAAAAAUGUACAGUAGAAAAUUAACGCUUUUUCUUCUUCAACGCGGGUAUAUUCUCACUCUAAUACAAGUUACGGUUUAAAAAAAAAAAAAAUUUAUAAUAAUUAUUUUUGAACAGAAGACCGAUUUAAUUACUCCAGAGUUUGAGAAUUUCUUUCAUUGACUUUUCAUUAUUAUCGUUUUUCAAUAUAACGUCACUUAUGGUAGGGAAAAAGCAAUUUUGCCAUUAAUCCCGUGAAUCGACGUCGAAAGGCUUUCGUCCUACAAUGUACAGAUUACACUUUUUUUUUCUUUUCUCUUAUUAUAUCUCUGAUUAAUUAUCAAUUGCGUUACUAUUCGAUCCAUGUAAAUGAUGAAGAUUUUUUAUGGAUCGCUAAAAAAGAAACGCAUAGAAGUUGAGCUUAGAUAAUAACAAGUGUACCGCACCGUGCCGAGUUAUCGAACGUUCUAAAUAUUUAAUACAAUUAUAUUAUCCGUUUCGUCGUUCUCGAAAAAAAAAAAAAAAAAAAAAAAAAAAAAAAUUAUAAAAACACAGGAUCCCACGCUAUUAUCAUAAAAUGUUUAUUCUUAUUUAAAAAAUUUUUAAUCAAAAGACUUGAAAUGCUUUGUAAACUGUUGAUUCAUUUGUUGGUUAUUUGAAUCUACGACUAUUUCCAAUCCAUUAAUCACGUGCCAUUUUCCUGCGUCGUGACGAUCGGAAGAAAAACGAAAUAUCGCCCUUUAAGAGAGGGAGAAAAAAUGAGAUAUAGAAUGAUGAUGAGAGGGAGGGAGGGACUAAUUCACCUCUUCUCGCAACUUGCACUCAUGUUAGGUAUACACGAUAUUUUUUAAUUUUAUAUUUCGCGUACCAAACGCACCUAUCCAUCGUAUAGUAAAAAAUAACAAAACAAAAAAAAACCAAAAAUGUUGCAUUAUCGAAAGAAAUAAAAACGAAUCGGAGGAUUUAA